AUGAGGAUGCGUUUUGGCAACCCCUCUCUCUACACAGACUCUCCUCACCAAUACAAGAUCGACCCCACUAAAAAUUUAAAGAAGAAUCGAAUGCCGGAAUAUAAUUCCUUAACCGAUUGUUACCUAUUUAAGGCAAUCGGAAAGAUCAUUCGAGAGAGAGAGAGAAGUAGACAACUGGCGCACUUUGGGACGGCCGUCUGGGGUGGGACGGCCGUCUGGACUGGGACAGCCGUCCCAAAUGGCAAAAUUACACAGGCUGGGACCCCCUGGGAACCCGGGACGGCCGUCCCACAUAACUGGGGCUCGGGACGGCCGUCCCAACUUCGGGACGCGCGUCCCAACUGGCUGGGGCAGGUUGGGACGGCCGUCCCAACUGGGACGGCCGUCUCAACCUGUUCUGGCCAGUUUCGCGCGUUUCGGGACUCCGGGAAGCUCUCCUUGCCUGUUUUGGACGUCAAUUGA